AUGGGCAGCAGCAAGAAGUACAAGCUGCUGGGUAUACCCUCCACGAUGUCGGACAGAAGUGGGCACUCUGUUGAGGCCUUGCGCGCCGCGGCGGUAUUAGGGCCGAAUAUGUGACUGAAAGUGGGAAACAAUGGAUGGCCAUGCUGUGUAUGCCCAUCACCAUACAAAAAUGUCGAACGUGCCGCCGGCUUGAUGUCGGAAAUAAAAAAGAAAAGAUGCGGGUGAGAUUUGUUGCAUUAUGUACAGCAUUAGUGGCAUAGACUGCGUAAUCAAGAGGAAUGCCGAUCGAUGUAGGACCCAAAUGUCGAAAUACUUCAGUGCGGGCAGUUCGCUAUACCGAAAUGAAGUGGUAAAAGAGCAGAAACUUACACCGGCUGGGGGCGGCAAUCCUUGUUCCAAGAGCAUGCCCAAAAAGUACAUUACCAUACUACAGCAGUACCGGCAUUUGCUUAAGUUCACAUUCUCGCACGUUUUUUUUUUUUUUUUCCGACAUCAAGCCACCGGCGGUUUUUGUAUGAACAUCAACGCUCAACUUUCAACUUGCUCCCACGAGCCAGCCCACCUUGCCUCAGGAAUAACUUGCCUUCCGCGCCAGUCUGUCUCCUCUCUUGUUCCUUUCCCUUGCUCGACACUAUUAUACCCUCUGCUCAAUCAAGGAAGGACCUCGUCAUCCAACACUUCAACACACCACGGCUCCUCUGCUUGUGAUCGAUGGGCAGCAGCAACGAACGAGCUCCCAUCAUGGAUCAUGGAAACGAGUUCGUAACUGACGCGACAAGGGUCGAGAAGUUCCUCGUCCCUCAAGUACUGUGGAAAGCCGGACGGCGCCUGUGUCGAGGAGAACGAGGACGGGUGUGUUUAGCCCUCAAACACGUGACUUCGCCGUCGAGGAUCGGAGCAUUCUUCGCAUCAUGGCAGAAAAACACAAAUUACAAAUCCCGGAGGAGGAGAGCGAGCUGGUCGGC